AUGGGGGGAGCCCUGCGGCGCUGGGUGCAGGCGCUGUGCGUGCUGCAGUGGAUGCUCACCUUCCUCUUCCUCGGCCCCGGGUCCGUGGUUUUGCUGCUGCUGCUGCUGCGGACCCGGCUCUGGCUCCUGCCCGUCAUCUACGGGGGGUGGUGGCUGUGGGACUGGCACGGCCCCGAGAGAGGUCCCCGUCACUGCGAUUGGGUCCGAAACUGGAAGAUUUGGGACCAUUUUUGUGACUAUUUCCCCAUCAAGGUUAUCCGCUCGGCCCCCCUGCCCCCCGGCCGCAGUUACCUCCUGGCCGCCCACCCCCACGGCAUCGCCUGCAUCGGGGUCUUCGGGGCGUUCGUCACGGGGGGGCGGGGAGCCGGGGGGACCCCCAAACCUGGAGGUGGGGAGAUGGGGGGGCCCUGCCCCGGGCUGCGCCCCACCCUGGCCGCCCUGGCCGGCCUCUUCCACCUCCCCAUCUACCGGGAGUACGCCCUGGCUGCUGGGCUGUGCCCGGUGAGCCAGCGCUGCCUGGAGCGGGUGCUGGGGCGGCAGGAUCAGGCCCUGGUGAUCAUGGUGGGGGGCGCGGCCGAGGCUCUGGAGGGGACCCCGGGGUGUCACCGCGUCACCCUGCGCCACCGGAGGGGCUUCGUGCGGCUGGCGCUGCGCCACGGCACCCCCCUGGUUCCCGUGUACGUUUUUGGGGAGCAGGACACGUUCCAGCAGCCCCCCCUCCCCGAGGGCUCCUGGCUCCGGCGCCUGCAGCGGGGGGUGAAGGCGCUUUUGGGGUUCGCCCCCUGCUUCUUCUGGGGGAGGGGGGGGCUCCCCUUCCUGCCCUUCUCCGUGCCCCUCACCGUGGUGGUGGGUGCCCCCCUGGAGGUGCCCCGCCUGCCCCAGCCCUCCCCGCAGGAUGUGGCCCGGUACCACCAGCUCUACGUGCAGCGGCUCCAGCAGCUCUUCGAGGAGCACAAGGAGGCCUGCGGGGUGGCACCCAGCACCCACCUCACCAUCGUCUGA